AUUUUCAUUUCCCUACGUCUCCGCCCUCGUUCUUCGACUCCUUCCCCCAUCGCGAAAUUCUGGUACGAAUCGCUUUCAUUUCUCUUUCUGGUUCUCUCUUAACAGACUAGCAAACUCGGAGAUGAUGUCCAUGGAAGGGAUUUUCUGUCUUGAAAUUCUAUCUGGAGUUCAACAACAAGCGCUUGUAAUGGUGGAUCUAAUACCUCUACGGUUUCCAAAAAACUCUAUACAAUCUACACCUCGAUGUUGUAAGUUUAGAGCUUUCUUCUUCUAAGUACAAUAUUUGAACUUGUUCUUCUGUGAAGUCAGGUUUUAAUUCCAGAUUUGAAGAAUUGUCUCUUAAGAUCGCUUCGGUUUCGUUGAAUAUUUUUGUUUAUUCCGUUUUUUAAGUAGUUUAAGGAACGAUGUUUGGUUUUAUUUGUCGCAUUAGCCAUUAUAUUUGAAAUCUGGUGUUGGUAGUGGAAUUCAAGAUUUCUAGGGUUUCAAAUGGUGCUUUUGCUCUGUGACAAUUGAAAUUUGGGGAGUUGAGGUUUUUUAGGGUUUCAUAUGGUAUAGUCUGGAGGAGUUAUUGAAUGGCUGGACGUAGUAGGGAGUUAGGAUUUCUGGAAAGAAAUGGUGUUAUUAGUUUAAAAGAACAGUUGGCGAGAACAACUCUAAGGAAUGUGAGAUUGAAGGGUCAUACGUAUAUUGAGCUUAGGGAAGACAAUAAGAAGGUUAUAUUUUUCUGUGUUUUGUGUCUGUCCCCGUGUUAUAGUGAUUCGGUGCUGCAUGAUCAUCUACGGGGCCAUCUUCAUAAGCAGAUGUAUGAAGCUGCUAAAGCUACCUUGUUGAAACAGAAUCCUUUUCCGUUUAAUGAUGGGAUGCUUUUCUUUCAUAAUUCUUCUGAUGAAGACAAUCAUUUGUCAACUGCAAAUGCUUUAUGUGGGAGGAAUUUGUUGCAAAAGCGGAGUAUUAAUGAAAACAGUCUUGCUAUAGUUACCAUUGAAGGAAAUGUUUCUGAUUAUGAAUUUUCAUCCGAGGAAAGUUUGGAUUCAGUAAGAGGUGAGGAGAGUUUAGAUAUUGAUGAUCUGAUAAUUCCUGAUGUGCUGUAUAAAGAUAAACUUUCUGAUUUAGAAGUGAGAGAAAUUGGUGUUGGAAAAAUUUCCAUUAGGUACUGUGAAAGGGACGGAGUUUCAAAAGGUAUUAGGAAAAUUUGGUGCGAAUGGCUUGGGAAAAGUGAUUCAGUUAAUGACGAUGUAAUUCCAUUUCAUGAUUUUGCGGUCGUAUCAUUUGCAUUUGACUGUGACCUGGGAAGAAAGGGGCUGCUUGAGGACUUGCAGGAUAUUCUUUCAUCAAGUUCUAGACCAGCAAUCGUGGGGAAUAAUAAUGCUGAUGGGAAGAAGAGGAAAUCACCAUCUGAUCCUCAAGAUUUUACUGAACCUUUGAGCAACAAUCAAUAUGAAUCUUCUGGGGAAGAAUCUCUGGUGCCUGGUAGUUCUAAUUCAAGGAGUCUUUUAGAUGUAUAUGAUGAUAAAUCACUGCAAUUGAGACUUGUGCCGAGCAAAUGUACGAGGAAAGAGAUCAGGACACGCCAGCGUCUGGCUUCAGAAAGAGUGUGUGACAUCUGCCAACACAAGAUGCUACCUGGGAAAAAUGUGGCUACACUUCUCAACAUGAAGACCGGUAGAAUGGUUUGCAGUAGUAGAAAUUUGAAUGGGGCAUUUCAUGUUUUUCAUAUUUCCUGCCUCAUACACUGGGUCCUCUUGUGUGACUCCGAAGUUUAUACAAAACAACUAGAAGGUCCUGAAGUAAAGAGGAGAUAUAGGCGGAAAAAAGGAGCAAGACUUGAGAAAGUUGUUAAGGAGACAAGAAAACAAAUUUAUUCAGCAUUUUGUCCAGAAUGCCAGGGUACCGGUAUAGAUAUUGACGGAGAUGAACUAGAGAAACCAACCAUCUCUCUUUCUGAGAUGUUCAAGUAUAAGAUGAAAGCUAGUGAUGGGCACAAAGAGUACAUAAAAAACCCUGAAUUGUUGCAGAAUUGCUCAACGGGCUUUGAUUUCCCUUCCCAAUCCAAAGAAGCAAUGCAGGAAAAUGUGUCACCAUUGAAGUUGCUUCGAUUUUAUCAUGCUGCUGCAUAGAGCUUGAUUGGCUGUUUCUCCUAGUUUAUCCGAGUAACCCUCUUCUUUUGUAUACAUGUUAAGAUCAGUAAAUCUUUUACAUGAAACAUGUUAGGUUUAGCUUUAUGUAAAGGUCAAGAUUCUAGUUAAGAUAGAACAGUGUCUUGUUCUAUUGAAGGUAGAUGCAAUUUAAACCAAUUGUAUGAAUGUAAAUGCAUCUGUACAUAGCAUCUAUGCUGAAAACAUUGUUGAAAGCUUUUCAAAUAAAGGAAUUGAACUGCCCUUGACUAACCUUGUAGUUGAGACUUGAUAUGUCAA